AUGCAGCCCAGGACACAGCCCCUAACCCAGGCCUUACCCUUCUCCCUUGGAGGGGUCCUGCGAGACGCUGGGCUCCGUGUGCCUGUCAUUAAGAUGGGCACAGGGUGGGAGGGCCUGCAGCGAACCCUGAAGGAAGUGGCCUACAUACUGCUCUGCUGCUGGUGUAUCAAGGAGCUGCUGGACUGAUGACGCCAGGGAGCGGCUUCCUCUACCGCUGACAGCAUGGCUGGCACCGCUCAGCCCCGUCAAGACUCCUGGGGCCAGCUGUGCCUGACCAAGGACAGGUGGGCCACAAACGACGACUGAAGAGUGAAGUGUGGAUCCUGCUUUGAGCUGUGCCAUCUGCCAGACUAGCCUCGUCUCUGGACCUCAGUCCCCAACCUCUGCCUCUGUCGAACCUCUGGUGAGCGGGAGUCUGGCCUGCUGGCCGGCGCUCCAGUAAGACGACCACAGGACCUGGCACACCUCUACGCCUGGCACAGUGAGCCCUCCAGCCCAGAUGGGUGAUCUCACCGUGCUCUUAGUACCAGGCAUGGGCUGUGCCCUAAGAUCUCUGUUUGAGAAUCGCUGAACUAUACGUAUAAUAAAAAGGCUUUGAGGCCAAAAGUUCCAAAUGUCUAAGAGGGAAGCAGACAAAAGUCGGCACUGAAGGAGUCUUCGAGCCAGAGUGCAGCAGACCAAGGAGGGAAGGAGGUUGUCCAGGACAGAAGUGACAUUGAAAUCCAGGUUUCCUGACUCACUCUUACCUGGGUGGGGAGAGUGGAGGGGAGAAAGGCCAGGAUCCUCCCACCUAUGUAUAGCGAGGGGUCCAGCUUGGCGUGUUCUGUGAGGCCAGGGUAUUAGAAUGGCCACCCGAGGGUCUCAACCCUUCCCCAAGUAGAGGACCUGGUGUAGGGAGCUCCCUGCCUCUGAGGAGCUUAGGGAAAGCACCGUGCUAUUUCCAGUUUGUGGAGGAAGUGGGCCCCAUGAGCUACCAGAGCUCGGGGCUCACACACACACAACUAUAAGAGAAAAACCAUCUGUGCAGCCACACCGGUUCCUCAGGCUUAUCAGGGCAUGACUCCUAUCAGGACACCAACGGUUUGAGUAAGUAGAACUGACUCCUCGCUUCCCCUUGGAAGCCAAUAACAGGAUUUCCCAAAAGACUCCCAGUGGUAGGUACACGUGCACAUCGUCUUGCUCACACUUACUCACACGCCCCCCCCACAGCCUCCCACAACCGCAAAGCCAGCAACAGGGCUUGUUCAGUGUCCUGCUGGGAUCGCCAUUCAGAGAGUUCCUGACCUCCUUGGGCCCAGGUAUUGCUCAUCCCCCUUUCUCAUCUGGGACACUGGCCUGAUCCGUAUAUGGGGCCCUCUUGCUCCCUCUCUGGGAUCAGCUCUUCUUCAACCUUCUUAGUUAACUCCUUUCUCUCUGGGUUUUUUCCUUUUUGUAAAGGUAGUAUAUGCCUAAAGUAAAUAAUUCUCUUUUCUUUUUUGCAGUUCUGGGGAGUGAAGUGAACCCACAGGCGUUCUUUACUCCUAGUCUUUUUUUUUUUUUUUUCAGUUGUAGACAGACACAAUACCUUUAUUUUAUUUAUUUAUUUUUAUGGGAUGCUGAGGAUCGAACCCAGUGCCACACAGAUGCGAGCCAAGCACUCUGCCACUUAGCUACAACCGCAGCCUUCUCCCCAGUCAUUUUUAACUUUUGAGAUAGGGUCUUGCAAAGUUGCUGAGGAUGGCCUUGAACUUGCAGUUCUCCUGCCUCAGCUUCCUCGAUCACUGGGAUUACAGGUCUGUCCCACCACACCCCACUUAAAGAACUCUAGAAGUAAAAAUUAAGUCUCCUACACCUAUCCCCCAGCCUCCCUUGAAGAUAACCACAAUAACCAACUUCUUGAAGAACAUUCCAGAGAUAGUUAUGCAGGUCUGAAUCUUCAUUCAUUCAUUCAACAAAUAUAAUUGACUGUCUGCUAUAUGUAAGUCUGGGUGUUUUGGAUACAGCAAUAAACAAAGCAGAUCCCUGUA